UGGAAAAUCAAUUGGAAUUCAUCAGAAUUUCCUUUUGGUGUACAUGGCAGUUAAAAAGAAGUCAACAAAAUGCUUUGAAGAGCUCAGUGUCGUUCAAAUGAAUAUCGUAUAUGAUCAAAAAUCCAUUUGUUUCAUCUUUGGCAUUGAGUUCAUAUUGAAAUGUGGAGAGAAGACUGAGGAAUGGUUGGCUGGUCAAAAUGACUGUUAAGGUUUUGCUAUCUAUGUUCAAAUCCCAGUUGGGUCAUACCAAAGACUAUAAAAUUGGGACCCAAUGCCUCUCUGCUUGACACUGUGCUUUAAGUGGUUGGACUGGGGGGUCAAACCACCAAAUAGUUCCAGAGGCAGCAUUGCUGCUCACCGCUCCCCACAGGGAUGGGUCAAAUGCAGAGGACAAUUUUCACCACACCAGUGUGUGCCACAACUAUGGCACUUUAAAUCUUAUCAGCUUGAAUUUCUACCUUUUCUUGACUGUUCUGGUCAAAUUCCCAUUGGGUUUGGUUUUGGUGAAGAUACUAUUAACUGACCAAUCUCCAUUGAAGAUUUUCUUUUUUCCCCCCUCCAUUUGUUGAGAUUUUAAUUUCGACCGAAGACCACGUGAAUAGACGCGGGAGCCGUUGGAGGCAGGCAGCAUCUCUCUGUAGCAGCGAGCAAAGGGAAGAGACGCACCAGGAGAGUGCUCCGAGCAGAGUGGAGAGGAUGCUCGUCUCAUCUGCUUUCUGACCACAGCCAGGAUUUUAAAAAUCUGCCUUUUUAUUCGUCUCUUUGGCUGAAGGACUGUUCAAACUUAAAAUUUGGUACAAAGGUCUGUCUUGCGAUGCGUUUUGAGAAAGAGCCGUGAUAUAUCUUGCAGUGAGAGAGAGAGAGGGGGUGUCAAGAUGCAGACUUUUCCUCCCAGUUUGUGAGGAGAAAAGGAGAAGGAUGAACCGGCCAGGGGGGAUUUCUCUCUGAGUGACACCAACGCUUAAUCUGGGAAUUUGGGGAUUUUUUUUUUAUUAGCAGCCGCAUACGGAGGAAAAACUGGGAUAUUUCCGAAGGAAGCUGGAAGUGUGGAUUUAAAGAUCUCUGUCCCGCUUUAUCACUUUUUUGGAGAUGGAACUGGAGGGAACGGAGAUCUAUUGACGAGAGUCAUCGACUACCUGUGCGCCCCGUCCCUCCUCACCCCUCUGCGUCCCCCACUCUCUGGAUAUUCACUGAAUUCAUCUUUCGGACGUGAGGGAUUUAUCUAGUCUAUGUUUGAAGGAGGAGGCAAAGAAAACGCUCCUCUCUCUUCCUCUCCCCUUCUUUUUCCCUUCCUCACCCUUUCUCUCUCUCUCUUCCUCUCUCACCCCCACCCCCCCUCCCCCCUCUCUCUGUCCCCCUCCGUUUUCUGGAUGUGAAGCAGCAUGCGGCCCGGUGAGAGCUUAGAGGGCUCGCGCUCGGCUCGCGGAAGAUGUAUUGAUGCAAAUCAUAUCGCUAAUAGCGGCACGGAACGCUGUCUCGCGCGCCUCUCGCGGCGGAGGAUGAAGGGGGUGACGACGAAGAGGAGGACGAGGGGGAUGACGGACGGAGGAAUGAUGCGCUGUUUUCUGUGGAGUCUUGUUCUGUGCUCGCUCUCCUCGCGCGCGCAAGGUUUCAUCUACACUUGUGGCGGUACUCUAAAAGGCCGUAACGGCAGUAUAGAGUCGCCUGGCUUUCCCUACGGCUACCCCAAUGGGGCAAACUGCACCUGGGUCAUUGUUGGGGAGGAAGGAAGUAGAAUCCAGCUCAUCUUCUUGUCGUUUGCUAUAGAAGAAGAGUACGACUUUCUGUCCUUGUAUGAUGGACACCCACACCCUGCUAACUUCCGGACCAGGUUAACAGGCUUCCAGGCUCCUCCCCCUGUCACCAGUACGGGAAACGUUUUCUCUUUGAGGCUGACCAGUGACUUUGCCGUCUCGGCUCAUGGUUUCAAGCUAAACUAUGAAGGUCAGAUAAUUUUUUUACACUGUCAGUAAAUCUGCAUCUCUCUCAGUACAGCUGAGCCAAUCAUUAGAACAUUAGAAAGUCCAGUGGUGAGUUGGAGGUUUAAAACAGGAAAAGUCAAACCUCACCUUGAAUACAUUCUUUAAUAAAUAAUUAAUAUGAUUCACAUUACGUUGUCUACUUUCUCAGAUUUUCGUUUACGCUGAAGCAAAAUACAGAAGAUGCAGAACCUUUAAAACAUAAGGUGACAUUUUCUGAUUUGAUUCUGUUGUCACUGCCGACGUGGUUUCCUUUAAAUUCAAUUCAUUUGACGGAGAUGAGAAAGAGAAUGAGGGAUUAUUCGUAUUUGGUUUUUUACCCCUUUUUUCUCAAGGAGAGUGCUGGGUCAUGAACCCAAUCUUCUUUUUUUAAAACUAGUGUCCACUCGGCACCGGAUGUGACUUAGUAAUGGAUCAAGAGUGCAUCCCUCUUCAACAUGAGAGGCUGGUCAGACUUUGAAUAUCAAGACAGAGGAGAAUUAUAAAUAGAUAUGACUAAAACAAAAGUACUAAAAGGGUUGAGACACUGAAGGACAGAAAUGCAUCUAUUCACUAGUGACUAAAUCAGUAUUAAAACAUAUUUGUUAACUUUUUUAGUGGUUAAAGGUGCAGUAUGUAAAAAUGAAGAAUGACAUCCUGUGGUCAGAUUUGGGUACUGCAGCCCACUUUCCAAACACACUAGUCAUUUUUUCACUGAUCUCAAAACCAACCAGUUACUGGUCUCAUCUAUUGACAACAUGUUUGUGUUGUCCCGAAAAAAUGAAUGAUAGUCAAUGGGGCUAAAAACGCUAUUUUCUUAUUCUGCUUGUUAUGUGCCAUGGGUUUCACAUUUGAUGUCCGUGAAUUUUAAACAUUUUGAUACCAAGAACUUGCUUAUUUUCGAACAGGGGGGAAACGUUUUUUUAGGUUUUGUGUGGAAAUAACUCCAGGGCUACAAAUGCGCUUCACGAAAGUGACGUCAUCGAACCAGAAAUGGAGAAAAACUGAGGGAAAAGGUCUGUUAAGUUCGGUAAACUUCUCACAGGACGAAAGAACCACCAUGAAUCUGGUCUUUGGUGUGUUCUUGCUGCGUUUAGUUUCAAAUUCCAUCUUUCAGUUCUUUUUAAAACACAGAAAAGGUUUAAUUACCUGCAAAGUUUCAUUUGCGGCUGCAAACAUCAUCAGGCUGACGCCGAUGAGUUUACUCGUUGGAUCGCACAUGGGAUUGCAUCAUCGGAGAGGGGAAAGCAGGCAGCAGAGGGCAACAAACUGAUGAUGUUUGGCACCGAGUUGGCAACCCCAUGGGCUCUUAGUUUGUAAACAAAGAUUCUACCUCUCUUUGGUCUCAUUUUGAAAUUAGUAAAACACACAC